UAUAUUUUUGAUGAGCUUAAUAAUAAACCUAAUGACCAUCCUAUCCUGAUAACAGGACUCCUACAGAAGGAUGAGCAGAGCCGUCAGAAGAUCACAGAGCUCCAGGUCACAUCCACAGAACCUGUUCUCACAGACACCCUCCUCUUCUCUCAUUGGCUCCACCUUUAUUUUCCUGAUGGAAGAAACAUCUGUGGUCAUUGAUCUUGGCGGUGAUUGGUGCAGAUCUGGCUUAGGAGGAAGAAACCAUCCAACAUUAGCAGUUCCUGAGGUCAUCGGAUACCAGCCCUACCCAGAGAACCCAGGGCCAAGCAAUCCCAAGACAAGGAAGAUUGUAGGUUUUACUAACUUGCCCCUACUCAGGCAGAUACCUACCGAGUUUCUUGUCCAACGACGUGAGGUCACGAACUGGGAUGCUAUGGAGGCAGUUUUGAAAUAUAGCUAUGAUUACCUUAAGCUCAAGGCUGAGGACCAUCCUGUGCUGCUAACAGGAUUUCUAGUGAAUUCUUUGAAUCACCGGCAGAAGUUGAUGGAGAUCAUGAUGGAGACUUUUAAUGUUCCGUCUGUGCAUAUCGGCAACCACGAUGAGCUUUGUCUUUUUGGCUCGGGCUUUUUGACAGGGUUGGUCUUGCACUCUGGGACCGGAACCACCUCUAUCACACCUGUUUGCAAUGGCAAAGUCAAGCAGUUAUCCACCAAGGUUUUUGAGAUGGCUGGGAUAGAUGUCAGCUUAUUUCUACACAAAGCUCUGUACAACAAAAGCAUGAACUUGGACAGUCUAUCUCAGAGGAAUGAUAUGGACAUAGUUAAGGAGAAGUUAUGCUACGUAAGCAAACAUCCUAAUCAGAAAGACUCUGCUGUGGACUCGGUGUCCAAUCUCCCUGCAGUGAUUGCCCUCCCUGAUGGCAAUAUCAUCACCCUGGCCAAAGAAUUGCGUACUUCUCCUGAUAUGUUCUUCUGGACUUCCCACGGUGAUUUUCCAAAUUUGGAUCUAAGCUCAGAAGUUAUUGAGACGAUCAUAAAAUGUGAUACAGAGGAGCGGGCCAUCCUCUUCUCUCAUGUGAUCCUUUCUGGGGGCAAUACCCUUUUCUCUGGCUUCCCAGAGCGUCUUCUCUGGGAGCUGAAUAACAUCAGACCCCACUGGUUCCCAGCUCAGGUUGUAUCUCGGCCAAAUCGGAUCUUCCUCUCAUGGGUGGGAGGAUCCAUCUUGUCCUGCCUAUCAACCUUCCAGAGCCAGUACUUGACCAAUAAGGAAUAUCAAGAAGCAACACAAGCUUUGGGCUUUUAAGAACUAGAUUAGUGGGCAAUAUCUAUCUGGGCACGGGAAAAACUUGGUCCUUGAGGAAAACAUCUUCUGUGGUUCUAACAUUAGGGACUGGAGGGAUUGCUAUGUUCUGGGAUUCUAGAUCUGGUGUUCCUUUUGUUCUCUGGUAUUGGGGAUGUCUUGCAAUGGAUAUCUGAUUUUGGGAUGCAGGAAAGAGUGCUCAAUAGUUGUGAGCAAUAACUCCUUCAGGCUCCUUUCUCUGGAGAGCUACAAGGGACAGCGUUGAAUCAAGAACAGCUGCUACUAGUUAAUUAAGCUCUGGGCCUCCCUGCAUAUGGGCUUAAGUAUGAGUUAUGAAGUGCUUUGUUGGGGGGAAGUACUUCGAAAUGCCACCUAAAUUGGGACUGCUACAUCUUUUGGUAAAGGGGAUAUAUACUACAAGAGCUUGGCUCUCCUAUCACUUAAAUGUUUGGGGUAGCUGGGCCCUCCAGAGAACUUCUUCCUCUUCCUAAGGCAGGCUCUUGGUUCAUUUUCCCUGCAUCUCUCUUUCCCUCGCCCUCCUCUCUCUCUUCCUGAAUUCCCUCAGGGAAUGAGCAUGUAGAUAUAAAACCCCCUACAGCACAUCCUCCACAGGCAAAACUAUUAUUUUCCAGAUGUUUCUCAGUGCCACAGCCUGGCAGACUGUGGUAGAAGUUUAUGUUCUCUUGGGAUGCACUGUUUACAUGGUGUGGGCCCAUGUGGGGGUGGGGACGAAGAUCAGCCCCUCCAUAUCUAAGGGGUUACAGUGGGAGUUGGAGAGGAGGUUUGGACUGAGGUGCAGGUCCAUGCAAUGCUCUCCUAUUGCCUGGGGAACAGUUGAUUGUUCUGGAGCCCAUGCUCUGUGUUAUGGGACUGGCAGUGUCAUGCAUAUAACUCCUGCCCAGUAUCCAUAGGGGAGCUGUUCUGUUUUGAAAUGCCUUCUUUUAAUUGUAUAUGAAAAUCCAAUAAACUUGAAAGCAUUGUGAUGAUGGCUUAGGUGGUGAGGAAAGGGAAAGUGGGGAGUACUCCUGGAUGCUACCUGAGGGAAUGUGAGCCUACUAUGGUGGUGGGCUGCCAGCCCUGGAGCACAAGGACUGGUGAAGAAGGAGAGAUGACAGGCCAUUGGGCAUCUCAUGAUCCCGUGCCUUUACCCAGCUACAUAACUCUAUUCAAUUUUCCUUCCACCUGUAUUUGGUCAUGUCACUUUUCUGCUAACCUCCCCCAAAAAACAACCAAACGAUAACACCAAACAAGGUAAAAUUAUGGCACCCUUUUCCAACCAAGUUUCUUGCUGGGUAGGACCUCUGGGUAGUUAUGACACAUGCCUGAAAAAGAAACUCAUCGACUGUGUGUUCAACAAUUGUUCAUCCAGCCUCAAGUCCUCCAAUGAGGGAUAACUGAUUUACUACUGAGGUAGUGCAGUCCACUUUAGGAUAACUCAGGUUUAGGAUUUUUUCCUAAUAUCCAAUCUAAAAUCCUCUUUUCUGCAGCUUCCACACAUUUCUCUCAGUUCUACCCUCUGUGGCCAAGCAGAACAAAGCUAAUCCCUCAGAUUAGUCUCGAAGCCAGAACUUCAAACUUUUGAAGACACUCAUUCCCUUCCCUCUUCCUCUUUGUCUCUCCUGGAUGAACAGCCCUCAUUCAAUUAAAAAGCAAUUAUUAAGUACCUACCACACUUUAGACACUAGAGAUACAGCUACCCAGGAAAGAAAAGAUAAGAACAGAAACAAUCUAUGUCCGCCAGGAUUUUACAUUUUAUUGGGGGAUAGAAGAUAAAUCUGAAGGAGGGAGAGCUUUAGAAGUCAGGAGAAGGAAUGAGAAACAUCAAUGAGAAUAUAUCUGAGUUGAAGGAAAAGAG